GCUUUCUUCUAUCUUCACAAAAAUUUCACGCAGCAAAGCAAACUUCGAAUAGUUAAAAAUCAACACAGAAACACGCGCAAAUUCUUCGAAAAUGGAGUUUUAUGCUGAAGAAGGAAAAGAAUCAGACCAUAAUUGCUCCACAUUAAUUCUGCCGGCGUUAUCGAUUGGUAACGUUGGGCAACUAGCGGUGGAUCUCUUGAUAUCGUCGUUAAAAGCGGAGAAAAUCGGGUAUUUAGACGAUCCGAAUAUCCUUCCUUGUGUUGGCAAUGAUGCUUAUUGGCCUUCGCCUCCUGGCGAUCUUACACUCCCACUCGAAGCUUAUCAGUCUUCAUCUAGUGCAUUGUCACUUGUACAACAGCGGUCUCCGGUGGUUAAGGGUAUGAUGGUAGAGUAUGCUAAGAAUUUAGCAAAUUUUGUAGCCUCUAAUGGGAAGAAGCAUGUUAUCAUCCUCUCCAGCUUAGAUUUUGGACGAUGGCACUCCAUUGACGUAUCAAGUGGAUUGCAGAUAUUUUACCUCUCUACAAUAAAUAUGGAUGGAACAGAUGAAGAUUGUGAAAAGCUUGGAUGGCACAGAUUGCAGGAGUAUAAUCCUUCUCAGAGGAUGUGGAAGUAUCUUAACAACUUAGCUGAAGGGGGUUCUACGAUGGAAGAAGAUUUGCUUUUUGAAGAUCUAGGAGAUGAAGAUUACUACCCAAGUUUGCCUUUUGCUGCGCUGUUUUCUUGCCUUAAGGCCAAAGGUUUAAAGGUUACUUGCUUACUAUGUUAUUGCUCGGAGGGAGACAAUAUACCUGAAGCUUUCCACUUGGCUGAAGCAGCAAGCAAACUCACGGGGUUGAAUCAGAAUGAAUUCCAUGGCAAUGAAGCCGGAAGAUGGGUUAUUCCAUUUUCAUGGAAGAGCGUCUAUGGACCUCCUGCAGAUAUCUCUCUCUUUUAAGUUGCCACUGGGGAUUUGAGAGAGACGCAGACUGAAUGUUCUGCUCUUCUGCCUGUUAUUAUGUUAUUGACUCUAUACUCGUUUAACUCCGAUCACACAACAGUAAAAUUUCAUUAUCAUGGAGGUGAAUAUUGUAUUGAAGUUGAUAAGCAACUAAUUUUGAGUACAUUAAGUUUACAAUC